CUAUGUUGUACGAUCUUUGUGUGUUGUAUUUGUAUCACAACACUAGUAAUCAUGUAGCAGGGAAUUACAACCCUGCCACUGAAGAGUUGAAGUUCGUGCAAGUUAUGAUCGCAAACACAUUAACCUCUGGUGGUUGCAGAGAUUUGGUGAAACAACUGUAUGAAAAGGAAUAUAUUUCCAAAGAGAAAAACAAGAAAAUCCAAAAGAGCAAAACAAACAAAGAGAUGAUGGCAGCUUUAUCUAAAUAUUUAAAGAAGGAUAAACCUCAUAUUCAAACAGCUCUAACUACAGCUAUACAAAGCCAAGGUGUGGAUUACCUCAGCCAAGUUGUGGAAGGUUGUUUUUCAAGUAAAAACAAAAUUUGUUUGCUCUGGAUCGCCACCCAGUGGGAAGUGUUGUUUGAAAAUAAAGAAGUUGUUUAUGAUGUCACAACCAACCGUGCUGUUGAACAUAUUGCCAAUCUUGAGAAAUCAGGAAACUUCUGGCUACUCCACAUUUUGCUGCGGCUACGAAAUAUGGAUGCAAAGUUGGCAGUUGGGUUUGUACAAGAUCUAUUGGUGAAUAUGAAGCAGUUUGUGGUGGAAUUUGGAGUUGAUGUUUCAACAACAACAUCAACACCUUCUUCAACAACAACAUCAACACCUUCUUCAACAAGAUCAAGCACGCCGUUGAACACACCUUCUACAACAACAAGCAAGGAAAAAUAUGUUGCAACAAAAGAAUCGAUAACAGCGGAAGCAACAUAUGAAUUAAAUGCAACACUGAAGUUGCCUUCAAAUCCACCAACCAAUGAAACACCGGGUACGUCAUCUGCGCUAGAAGCAUCCACAACAAUAGGGGCGACAUCAAGUCAACAACUGGUCACAUCUUCAGCAAUACCAACCAAUGAAACACCUGCAGCAUCAAAUGUUGAUAAUAUCAACGAGGUGUUUAACUUGCUGAAAAAUCGCAUCAAUAGGUCAGUUAACGAUACUGACUUUGAUAAGAGGGAAUUUAUUACAUGGUUACAACAAAUGCCGGGUCGAAAUCUACAAACUGGAGAAAGUUCAAAGGCAACUGAUAAACCACACCAUACAAUGCCAACAACACAACUAAAGAGUCAGCCCCAAGUGACUCAAUUCGGUAACACAGCAGCGAUAAACAAUCAAUACCAACCAAUACAACCCACAGAACAACAACAAAGUCGGCAGUCAUAUGCAGAAGCAGUGCAAACAACAAGUAACCAAAGUGUUACAAUAGAGAAUGAAUGUGUUUCUCAAGUGACGCGUAAAAACAGCAAUGUUGGCAACACUUCAAGCACAAAACCUGAAACCAAGCAGGAACAGAAUCAAGAAACUGUGGAAGGUAAACGAAGAAAUCAGCAAAGUGGUGCUGAAGCUUCGGUGGACCCAAAAAAGAAGAAAAGUGACAACAAACAAGGGAAAGGGCAAAAAGGGGGUAAAAACAACCGAAACACUGCUGACAAAGAAAGUCAAAACAAUGAUCAAAAGAGCACGAACAAUGAAAGACCCACCCACAGUUCAGGUGGUGACAAUAAAGAUGUUUCAAAACAAACCAACAAAACAUCAAAGAAAUCAACUGAACAACUGACAUCUGCUGACAAUGCAAGCAAUGAGACAAAGGUUGAAGUUACUAGUGUUGGGGCAUGGGGAAUGGAAGGGAAGGCCAAUAUACAAGUGCAAGAUGAUGGUAGAGUAGUAAGUGGCCAAGAAGGAAACGAAAGCAUUAAAAAAGAAACCUUGGAAGUCGUACAAUCUGGAAAUAAAAACGAUUCUGCUAAAGUACAUGGACAAGCCAGCCAUGGUCAUAAUUUAAGGCCAAGAAAUAAUGGUGGCAACAUUGUUGAACAAGAGAGCAAACCAGAUCUUGUGGCAUGUUUCGACUAUUGCCAAGCUAUGGAAACACCUUUGGACAAUGAAGAAAAUGAGCAAGUUGUUGAGUUUCGUGUCUUGGUUGACAAGAAAGACAAAAUACCAGAAGGAUUGGAACUUAAUGUUUUUAUUCAAGGGAAGAGUUUUCACCGAAUGCACCCAGACACUUACAUUAAAACAGGGGCAGUGGUUUACCACUUUGCUUGUGUGUUUCCUACAAAAACACGACAAUUUGUGUACAAGUAUGUGUUGGUUGAUCCUUCAACUAAAAAGAAAGGCUGGGAAAAUGUUCCUCAAUGGGGCCAUGAUGAAGUAAACAGAGUUAGAGAGCAUUUUCAAGAACAUCUUAUCCCAAACUCCCAUCUUACUUUCUUUGAUGUGGCAACAUUCACUGUUGAUGGGAGGCACAAACCUGAGUUUGAAACCAUGUAUUCACGAAACCUAAUGGACCACCUUCCAGUUGUGCAACAGUUAUCUCAAGUUCCAACAAAAGAUGUAGUUCUUUCUUCUUUACUUAUUCAAAAGUGGAUUGGUUGUGCAUCACAUCUUGCAGAAUUUAAAGGAAAAUACUUCAAUGGAGAUUGUAAUUUCUUCCCUAGUGCUAAGUCACUGCUUCGUGACUACAUUAAUGGAAUAUCAGCCAAAGGUUCAUCAGAAAUGACAAAACUUUCUGUCUUUGUUUCUCUUUCUGCUGCGAUGGCGUUUCACAAACUUUUCUGUUGGCAUAAGGAAAGGUACCAAUCGAACCCCCGUAAGGAUGAUUCGGAUUGGAAAAUCAUCUGUAGUGGAUUGGGUUUGUACAACAUGCAACGUGAAGAGAUGACAAGUUUGUAUCAACAGUUGCAAGUAUUGGAAAGAACUGGCACACCACUGAAAGAACUCACCCAAUAUAUUUGGGAAAAUUCAAAGACAUUUCCAGAAUGCAUUUUUCUUGUCCCAUUAUAUUAUUUGGUUGAAAAUGAAGGCAAUGCUAAAGUUACUGCAGAAAAAUGGGAAAAGAUGGAAAAUGCUCUUGGAUUGGAUUCAUUGAAUAUCAGAGAACAAGAGCCAUUAAUAAAUAUCUGCAUCAAAAUAAAAGAACUGUUGGUAUACUGGCCGGCUCUGGUUACAGUUUAUCAGCGAUUGUUGACUUGCGAGAGUAUUCUUAAAGUUAUGAAGAAAGAAAAAAGUUUUGAAGAUCGUUUUAAACUUGAGCUGGUUUUGGAGAAACUUGCUUCAGAUGAUUACACAAAUAAGAAGUGCAUUGGUGAAUCCAAAUUGGGAGAAUGGAUUGAGAGACAAUGUAACCAGUACAUUGAAGAGUGUACAAAACGAACAAGUUGCACUGUGGAAGAAACGAAAAAAGCAAAACAAUCAUUGCGUAAAAUGAUUGAUCAUUCUCAACAGUUGUUGCAACGUGCUUGUGCUACAAAUGUUACUUCAUCUGAUUUUCAAUUACUUCAGUGUUUGUCAAUUGCAGCAAAGCUGAUUGACCUUGAAGCUGCACUUGCACAAGCAUCAACCGAAUCAGAAUUUCCAACAGACCAAGAUUUCGAUUUUGUGAGUAGCAAAGUAGUUGGUUGGAUUAAAGCAGACACCAUGAGAACAAUUAAUGAUAAAUAUGUUAAGAGAUGGGAAAGGCUGAUGAAGGUUAAAUUUUCUGAAGCAAAAUAUCAAGAAAGAUGGAAAGAAGCAAUGCAUGUAGCUGUUGGAAGCAAAAUACUGGAGGUCGGUGAAGGUGUUCUCUGGUUCUUUGUUGAAAAAUUGGACAAGUUAAAUCCAUCAAAAGAGCUUCAAAGUUGCUUUUCUGAUGCUGUAUAUGAAUAUGUAUCACAACUUUCACAGAAAGAUGCUACUUCGUGGAAAAGAUUUAAAAGUUACAUUUUUGAAUCAGACUUUCAGAAGAUUGCUCACAAUAUGGGCAGAUUAUUCUUAAACAAGUGGGGCGAGUUUGGAAUCAACCAGUUUUUAACUUUCCUUCUAGAGUGGCCAUUUGCUUUGAGGUUCUUCAGUUUAUUUGAUACUAAAGAAAAACAAAAAGUUCUUGACAGAGAUGCUAAAGAGGCGAUGGAAAUGAUUGCUGCGCUAAUGCAAAGUACAAUGGAAGCAUUAAUAUCUGGUGACAUUACUUGCAAAGAAUUGAAUCGGAUCAUUCACGCAAAAUCUGAAGUUAUUGACGCUUGGGAAGUUAUUACAAAGUAUCAUGGAUCUUCGGUAGACUUCACUGAAACAGAACUAAGUGAUGCCAUAGAUCAGAGAAGAGCUGAGUAUAAAGAAUACGAACGUGUCAGAGGUUGUUGUCAGGAUUUCACAAAGAUUGCUGCAAAAACAACAAUACUAAGGAUUGAUACAUCUGCAAUGAAUGAGGCUUUAAAUACAAAUAUUGAUGACAAGAAUUGGUCAGAUAUAGUUGAGGUUCAAAACAAUGAACAUACGGCUAUGAAAGUAAAGCUGUUUAAUCUCAAUGGAGAUGAACUAAAUGAUCUGGCAGCAAUUCAAGCUGCUAAACUGCAUGAAAACGAGAUUAUCUUUAAAGUUUGGACAAAACAUGCUGAAAAUGCUGCAGAACAGAUUGAAGAACCUGACCAAGAUAAGGAUGAGAAUGGAAACAAGGAUGAUGUUCCAACUUUAUCUCUUCAAGGAAUGCGAGAGUUGAUUUGGCAUCCAGUUAGAGAAGAACUUACAAGAUUACACCACCAACUGCGGCAAGGAAACCUGCCACUGUGUGAGAUUGAACAACAUUUGGCCAAGUAUUACGAAAAAGAUUCAGAUCGCUUUAAAACAACUGUCCAUGAUUUUGUUGAAGCCGUUUUCAACUUCCCACUUGAUGGAGGUGUGGCUCAUUCAGAUGCAGAUAAAGAUCUUGAAGUGUUGGUUGUUCAAGAUUUGGUAGAAGAUCUUGUUGCUGGUGAUCAUGUUGCUCAGGGAGAUAUGGAUGUUGGUGAAGAAGAGGUUCUUCCUGCAAAAGAUCAAGAAGUUGUCCUGAUGGAUGAUAUACAUCAAGAGGAUGGAGAUGAUCAAGACGAAGAUGUUGCUCUUGGUGAAGAAGAUCCAAACACACUUGAUGUUGAUGCUGAAGGUUUAGCUGAUGAUCCUCCUGAUGUUGGUCAUGAAGAGGAUGUUGUUGAAGAGUUGGCUACAGCAACCCAGGAUCCGAUUGCAUUUGAACCUAUUGAAGAUAUUGAGGAAGCAGUUGAAACAGAGAAUCAAAACCAUACAGGUCAAAAAGAAAUUGAACAAUUUUCGAUUGAAUCAGCUUCUUCUGAAAACUUAAACAUGAAAGCAAAAGAAGAAGAAAGAUUGCAUAAAGAGUUUUUACAAAAGCCACUACUGGACCAGAUUCGUUACCGUGCUAACCAAAUCUGCAACUAUUUCUCCAUCAAACAUCAACAAAAAACUGUUGAUAUUUUUUAUGAUUUAAAAAAUGUUCUUGCAUUGGGAGGAGACUUUGGUUUGUUGGAGAUAGUUCAGAACAACCAAGGAAUGGCUGAAACAGAAACAUUGAAUUCAAUUUCACAAGACAUGAUUAAAGCAAACAAAGCAAUUGAUAAAGUGACUGAUGAAAUGGUCAAAUUCUUGGAAGAUUUUCUGAAACAAGAAGAACUUAUUAAGUGGCUCAAAGAAAACAUGAAAGACAUCGGGGAAGUGAAAGUGAUGAGCGAUCUUGCGAUGAUAUCAGCCGGAGGAACUCCCAUGGAGGUUGAUCGUGUCUCCUGCUUCCUCAGUGCAGUGAUGACAUUCUCAUCUUUGCUCUUCGAUUUGAAUGAACAAUCAGGACUUACUGAGUUGAUGGGUUCUAUUACAAGAGUUUGGGAGUCAAAACAGAAUGACAAAAGCAUCAUUGAAAAAUGGAAAGAAACAGGCAUACAUCUGGCAUGGUUGAAUGGAAUAAAGGACUUUCAUGGAUCAGUUGAGAAAUCUUCUUUAUCAAAAGCGCAAAGCAUUAAUAGUUAUGGAAUAUAUGAAAUAGGAAAUGCAACAAAACCUAUUUCAACUGUUGACAAUUCAAUUAAACUUGUACUUAAAGGACUGGAAAAAGACGACCAAGAUGAGGAAAUGAGUUUGUCAAACUUACAUGAUCUUCAAUCUAGACUAAUGUUGAUUGCUGGUGAAGCAGAUAAAAGUUUAGCCGAUGUCAAACAUUUCAUAUCCGUGCUGUCCCAUGUUGAAAAACUAACAAGAGCGUAUGUGAAACUGAAAAAUGCUGGGUGCUUAUUGUUUGAUAAGUGGGCGGCAAAACUCAGAUGCUUCCAAGAGAAAGCUGAAGAUAACUUGCUUAGCGUUCAGUUUGACGACAAAUCUUCUGUAAUUUUUUCACCUGGUGAAGUACUUGUUGAUGUGCAGAACCUCACCACUGUAUUGGAGGAAACACACGACAGAUGGAAGAUUGGAAUGGAUGAAAAGAGAGAGAACUUUUAUCACCUGAAUCAUUUCAAUGUGAAGCAGACGACCUACUUGUGCCGAGAGCUCGCCAACGCGCAUGAAGGAGUUGAACUGCCCGACCAAGUUCAUACUUUGCUUGCAUCUGUAAGAACCAACAUCACCAACGAGGAGAUCGUGAAUCUUCUUGGAGCGGCAACCAAAGCAAAAGAUCUUCCACUUGAAGAGGAUAAUGUUGAUCAAGAUCACUUUGUUGAUAAAGUGGAACUAACUCUUAACGAACGGAAAAAGCAAGCUGUCAUCAGAUUAGUUGGAGAAGGAACAUCUGAACAACUUGCUAAAGCUGCCGUGCAAUGUUCUGGCGAUGAUAUUGAUUAUGAUGAAUGUUUCUUAUGGACAAUGGAUAAUGAAUAUGAUGAUGAUGAAGAGAAGAUAAAUGAACUUGUUAACCAGUUCAAUCAUGAUGUUGGCAUGGUGUCAACAAGCAGUGACAUCAAUGUUGUUCAAUCUGUGGUAGACGACAGAUCUGAGAUGUCACUCGGAGAAAUUAUUCAAAAGCUUUCCAAUAUGGAUGGUGCUGCGCAUCAUGGUGCGAGUGUUGCUGUCAAGACUAUUGCUCACCGAUACAUUGAAAAAACCUCGGUAACUUCACUGAGCGACUGCAUCAGUUUGGAACAUCUUGGCAAUCUGCUUGAAAGCUUAUGUGACAACACAUAUAAAAUCACCCGAGUUUUUCAUGACAAUUUUACCCUUGGGAAACCCAACCUUAUUGUGUGUCCUCCCCAUAAUAUUUGGUCGACCAUCUUAUCCCUUUACAUGAAAACGCAUGACCAGCCACUCCCAACAACAUCUGAGGUGUUGGUGUGUACUGAGACAACAACUAAAGAAGACGUGGAACUUUUAUUGAGGAGAUCUGUUCAAUAUGAUGCAUCAUCUGAUUCUCGUAUUUACUGCAUGGCAUGUUGUGAGGCUCUCUCAUAUGAUGUUGCCAACUCCACUGAAGCAAUACUUAAACAAAUGGAUCGAUUGAAAACAAAGAACACGAAAUACAGACUCGUCUUCAUCAGCAGUUCAUCAAAACAUCAUUUAUCUGCCUUGUUUGACGAGUAUCGUGUGGAUUACAACAUACAAUUCGGGAUGGAAGAAGUUACGAAAUAUCUGGAGCAACAUCUUGUUAGUGUUGGUGGGGAAAGUGCUGCCAAUGUUACAAACAACCGCACAGUACAAGCUGUCUUGUCAGAUGCUGCUGGAAUGGGGAAAUCUCUUCACAUAUCUCGACUGAAAGCACAAAUGGACGAUCGCUGCCACAAAUCAACCAUCAGGUUUUUGGAGAAAACAUUGAAUCCUAAUGAUGUCAUGAGAUCACUUCAAAGAGAAGAGAUAAAGAACAACGAAGUUCACUUUGUUCAUAUGGAUAUUACACCAUCUGUUUCUGUUGGAGUGAACCAGUUUUUGUUCAAUCUUCUGAUUCUUGGAUCAUUCCAUGAUAAUUGUGGAACAAUAUGGAGAAGACACACCUCCCAUUUAUACUGCAUUGAAUAUACAAAUCUACAGGGAAAUAAACAGGCACAGCUUGAGGAGAGUGUUCUUACUUUGCUUCCAUCUGUUACUUGCUUGUCUCCUCGUGAAAUUCUUGAUGGUAAUUAUGAAGAUGGGAAACAUCUGCUCAUGGACGAAGAAGAAUUUAACAGUGAGACUUACCAAAGACCUUACCAGUACUUGGACAUGUACACAAAGAGGCAAGUCCUUGAUGAAUUCAAGUACCAGGAACCUAAAGGGAAUCCAGAAGAUUGUUUGAAAGUAUUGCUCCAGUAUUGUAAUAUAAAGAAACCAAGUUGGUCAGAAUUGAGACAUUUUGCGAGUUUUUUGAACAUCCAGCUUUUAGAUUGUGAACGCUCAUUGUUCUGUGACAUGUCAUUGGUUGGCCACGAUUCUAGUUUAACAGGUUUCAAGAACUUUGUCGUUCGUUUUAUGAUCAGGAUGUCACAAGACUUUGCGACUCCCUCUCUUCAACUUAAAGACACAGGAAACUUAGGUCAUCAGGAGCAGGCUGUGUUUGAACUUCAUCAGCUCAGGAGGAGAUGGGAGGAGAACCCGCAUCCCUACUUGUUCUUCAACGAAGAUAGAGUUUCAAUGAGCUUCAUAAACUUUCGCAUUGAUAGGGCUGGGAACUUGUUGAACCCCCAGAACAACACAGUGUUAGAACGUGGCCUGAUUCACCACAAACUUGUCAGAGGGUUAGAGUUGCAGAGAGUGAACAUACAAGAAAACUUUGACUGCCUAUCGAGGCAAGCUAAGCUUGAAAGGCUUUGUAAAGUGUUUGGUGUUGAAAACUGUGUGGACCCAGAUCCUACAUAUGAGUUGACGACUGACAAUGUUCUUAAAAUGCUGGCAAUCCAUAUGAGGUUUAGAUGUGGAAUCCCUGUGGUGAUUAUGGGAGAGACUGGAUGUGGGAAGACAAGGAUGGUUGAAUUUAUGAGCAAACUGAAGACAAUCAAGCGGAAAGGUGUUGAGAAUGUGAACAACAUGAUUAUUGUCAGAGUACAUGGUGGGAUAACAGUUCCUGCAAUACAAGAGCAUGCAAGGAAUGCUAUCGAACUUGCAACUACAAAUGCAAAGAAAAAUGUGGAAACGAUGCUCUUCCUUGAUGAGGCAAACACAACAGAAGCUAUCUACGCAAUCAAAGAGUUUGUAUGCGAUGGUACAGUGUGUGGGGAAGAUAUGGACCAAGGAAACUUGAAGAUAGUAGCAGCUUGUAAUCCUUACAGAAAACACACUGAACAAGCAUUGAAGAACAUGGAACAAUCAGGACUUGGGUUUCGAGUGAAGACAGAAGAUACAACAGAUAAACUUGGUAAUAUUCCAAUGCGGCAGUUGGUCUACAAAGUAAUAGCUCUACCGCCAAGUAUGCAACCUCUGGUUUGGGAUUUUGGUCAGCUCACCAAUGAAGCUGAAAAGAUUUACAUUUUACAAAUGGUUUCACAUUUAAGAGAAGCUCUUAACAUAUACUUGGAUCAGUUGACUGUGAACUUAAUCGUUAAAGUGUUUGCCGAGUCUCAGAGAUACAUGAGAGAGCAGAGAGAGCAAUGCAGCUUUGUCAGUUUACGAGAUGUGGAAAGAUGUCUGCAAUGUAUCUCUUGGUUUCACAAGAACAACAACUGGCUCUUUCCUUACAUUCAAGAAAAAACGGAGCUUAAUCUUACCCCAAUGAUCAGGUCUUUGAUACAUGCCAUCAGUAUGUGUUACUAUGUUACAUUAGAACAUCGAGAGGACUACCUUGAAAUAAUCAGCAGUGUAUUGCUACGACACAACAACGCGUUAACUGUACAAAACUUGGAACGUGAGAUCAUUGCAUGUCAAGAAGUUUUCCUAGGAAACAUCACAGUUGACGAAGACAUUGCAAGAAAUGAAGCUCUGAGAGAAAAUGUGUUUAUGAUAAUAAUGUGCGCUGAAAUGAGGAUCCCACUCUUUCUGGUUGGAAAGCCGGGCAGUUCAAAAUCACUGGCAAAAACAAUUGUAACAGAUGCCAUGCAAGGUCCCAAUGCAAGAAAUGAGAUGUUUCGAAAGUUAAAACAGGUUCAAGUUCUUUCUUUUCAAUGCAGUCCUGUGUCGGAUGCUGUAGGAAUUGAAGCUGUAUUCAACCAGUGCGCUCAAUUACAAAGAAAACCAGAUACAGAGAAGUUUGUGGCAGUUGUUGUUUUAGAUGAGUUUGGCCUUGCAGAAGACUCACCAAAGAUGCCGCUUAAAGUUUUGCAUCCUUUGCUUGAGAAAGGUUGUGAGCUUAAGGCAGAUGAUGCCGAUGCAAAAUCAGGAGAAAGGUUUCAAAAAGUUGGAUUUGUCGGGAUUUCAAAUUGGGCUUUGGACCCUGCAAAGAUGAACAGGGGCAUUUUCGUUCACAGAGGUAAACCUACAGAGGUUGACUUGAAACUUACUGCAAAAGGAAUAUUUACAUCUGAUAACAAGUCCUUUCAAGUUGUUGGUGAACUUGUUGAAGCCCUCACUCAAUCCUAUUUGGAUAUCAAAGAGAAGGAAAAGCAAGAGUUCUUUGGACUUCGUGAUUAUUAUGGACUCCUCAAGAUGAUCUUUGCAGUUGUUUCAACCAAUGAAAAAAGAUUAGAAAACUAUCACAUUUUAAACGCUAUAGUACGUAACUUCAGUGGUGGAAAAGAAGAUUGUAUUCAGAUGUUUUUAAAUCACUUGCCUAAACUUAAAGCUAUCCCGAGGAUGUCUAUUCAAAAACUUGUUCAAGAAAACUUGCAGAAAGGCUCAGAAAGUAGAUUUUUACUUCUUCUUACAAACAGUUUCUCAGCAAUAAACCUUCUUAGCAAGAUUGCCAACCUGCAAGACUUUCAAGUCAUAUUUGGGUCCAGUUUUCCCCAAGACAACAACUACACAGAAGUUUGCCGCAACAUCAAUCGCAUCAAAGCAUGCAUGGAGUCCGGUGCUACUGUAGUAUUGCUGAACCUACGAGAUCUGUACGAGUCACUUUAUGAUGCUCUGAACCAGCACUAUGUGACAUUUGCGGGUCAGAGAUAUGUUGACCUUGGUCUGGGCGGGCACAGAGUCAAAUGCAGAGUCUCCAAAGACUUCAAACUUAUUGUGAUUGAGGAUAAGAACAUUGUGUACAACGAGUUUCCAAUCCCUUUGAUAAACAGGUUGGAAAAAUAUAUCUUUACCACCGAAAGUAUACUUGAUGGAGAUCAAAAGGCAGCUGCAUAUCGACUAAAUGAGUGGGUGCAACACUUCAGUGCAAUUGAUGUUCCAGCACAUGAAAAAAGGCAAUUCAAACAGUUUACAAAACAAGAUGCCUUUGUUGGAUACAUUGAUGAUAGCUCAGCAUCUGCUGUUCUUGUUGUGCAAGACCAGAGAAAUAAAGGAGCAACUGAUGAUAAUGAAACUUAUAACCAAGCACAGUUGAAGCUUCUCAACACUGCAACCAUGGAUUCUGUUUUUAGAUUGGGAAGUUCGCGAUUGAAAGAAGAAGCUGCUGGGUGGCAAGAUGUAUAUUUGAAUCAAACUCAUGACAGCUUAUCGCAAUUACUUGGCCAACAGUUUAUUGGGACUGAAGAUCAACUAAAACUCUUUGAAGUAACUUCCUUUUCAAAGAUUCUUUCAGACAAAGAUAAAGAAAAACUUGAAGAAAAACUGAAACUGAAGAAGCGUUCAGUUACUUUGAUCAAUUUACAACAGUUUAAAACAGAAGAUGACUAUGCAAAACAUGUGGAGUCGUUUUUCAAACAUACUCUUAUGCAACAACCGCAGGAUGAAAUUGAGCAUUGGGUUUUACUCAUUCAAUGUCCUCAGGCUGAUGCUCACGGCAACUUAAUUGCUUGUGCAAAGUACAGCAUCAAGAAUUGCAUUCAAAACAACCUACGUUUAAUGAGGGAGAAAGAUUGUUUAAAAGUUUGUGUUGCGUUCUUGUACACCAUGGAACGACAAAGCAACGAACUUGUUGGAAACAAACUGAUGGGAAUCCAUAGUUCAGAUUAUACCUUAGUCCACGUGGAUGAGUUACGAAUGUCCACUGACUACAUCGGCCCACCAAGUCAAUUCUGGAACAAAAGCAUCCACAAAGUGAUGGAUGUUUCUUAUAAAGCGUUUGAGCUUGGAGACAAAAGUGAUGCUCUUGUAGAUAUGGAAGUACUGGUGAAAAAAUCCAUACCACAAGCAAUGCUGAAACUACAAAGUGACUCCACUGCACACCAGCAAAACCUUAUUCAUGAACUUGCUUCAUUGUGCUCGUCCAAACACGAAGUUGGUCAACACUUUCUGCCUCAUAUGCUCAAAUACAUGGUAAAGAUAUUACAAGAAAGAGAAAUAUCUGAUUUCAGGCGUCCGUGGUAUGUACGUGAAGCUAUGUCACAUACAUCUUUAAGUGAGGGUGGGACACUCCAGAAAACACUGUGGUUGUCUUUGAAGAACACUACUGAAAAUAUUCUUGCUUAUAUCAUCAGUAAGAUAGAUAGUGACCAGAACUUAAAUUUGUUGCUGCAGGAAAUGGAAUCAAAGAAUGAACAAAACCAAAUGCGUGACCUAUGGAUGAGUUUGUUCAUUCUUCCCGAAAUCUCUGACUUUAAAAGCCAUGGCACUGUUGGAAAGGCAGCAACUUAUAAGAUUGAAGGAUCAAUUCAUUUUGCUGGCAAAUUCCCUUUUAGUAGAAGGCUAUGUGGUAUAUUUAAUCAAUCCUGGGAAGCAUUGGUUCAAACUGGGGUGGGGAACAUGGCAGAGAUGUUUAUGGAAUUGCAAACCAAGUCAGCAUUAAACAGACCAAUUCUAGAUGCGCUUAAUCACAAAAUGGGAACUGUGUUGAAGCAUUACCUGCAUGAUAUGAUUCAUCUAUACCACAAAAGUGAUAACCCUCUUGAAUAUGAUGUCAUUCAACAAGCAUUCCUGGAAAUGUGCACAGCAAGUCAUGAUCCAAAUAUUGUUUCCAACCCUGUAUUCAGAGCGUUUACACUUAUGAAGCAAUCCACAUCUGCAUUGAAUCAGUUUUCCUUGUUGGUUUCACUCUUCCCAGGCGUCCUUGACAAAGGGAAUGUUAAAAGAUGUCAAGAAGACCAAGCAAACAAAUGCCAACUGAUGCUACCAGUCACUGCUUUCCGCAUUGUUGUAACUCAAAUGAACGUGAUGCAGACAACUUGGGAAAGUUUAAAAAAUACCAGAAAUGGACAAAUUCAAUGAGACAACUUAAAACUAUUUCAUCUGAACUGAUUGAAACUUGUGAUCAGGAGACCAGAAAGUUGUUCAAAGCAAUUUCAUUUACUGAUCUAUUCCUGCAACAGUUGGUUCCACCAGGGUUAGAGCCAAAUAUUUUUCAGCAAUAUCUUGAAAUUCUCGCUCCAUUAGCUAAGAGAUUGUGCAGGGGAGCCUAUAUGGCAGGUUUACAAAGCGGAAAGUUCCUAAACAUUGUGAUAAAAAGCCUAAGAGGUUGCACCAAUGAUGUCAGAUUAAAGUUUUUGGUUAACUGGGAAAAUAUCAAUUGUAAAAGCUGCAACAAAGCAAAAGUGGUGGAUCCGGUUGUUCUUCCAUGCAAACAUCAUAUGUGCUUUAAGUGCAUUCAGAAUGGAACUAAUUGUCCAACAUGUAGAGUUGGUAUUCCUGAUGAUUUCAAUAUAGAACCAACACAACUCUCU